AACUAAGAACUGCAGACUGAUGCCCUGUCUGAAGCAGAUCCAUAGCCUUCGCACCUGCAGUCAACACUUUUCCCUUCUUUCGCCAUCUCCUGCGUCAGGACUGCCUGACUUUGUAUUCAAGUACACCAGGGCAGCAGUGGUGGCAACACACUUGCCUUGGGGAAGAGUUGGACGAGCCUCCUUCCAGAUUCAGGAGUUUCUUUUCACAGCAGCGCUUCUUCCGUAG